AUGGAUUUUGACAAUUUCAGUCUCGAUUAUCGCAGUUAAUUAACAAUUUGCAUGUUUAAAACAAUCAGAGUACGUGCAAAUAUGUCACGCCGCGUGACUUAUCGCGUUCUAGACAAGCAGUUGUCACUAAUGACGCUUUCGAUUAACGCUCAAUAACACGUCAUUCGCGUUAUACGCGACGAGUCGAGUGUUCCGUUCAUUUAGUUCCAUUCAAAUUUCGCGCCUCGCCCAUGUUUGGCGCAUGUGCACUCGGUCGUCGUUGGCCUGCCGACAGAGGGCACCACGCCGGAAUUCUUGUGGGCGGUUUUUCGAUGACGACGGCGGCGGCGGUGCGGUCAGUCAGUCCCGGCGGCGACGGUAGCGACGGAGGUAGGCAGGCAGGAAGGUGUCGGCAGGCGGUGGCGGGUAGUCGGUGGUUACGAGGGCGACAUGUUGGACAUGGCUGUGUGAUCGUGUGUGCGCGCGUGGUGUGCAGUGGCGAAUCUUUGAAGAACGCGCGCGCGUGAUCCCCGUGUGUGUUUCUCCUUCGUUCUUCUCUCUUCUUCCGCCCCUCGUCGUCGUCCGUCGUCGACGACGAUCGUGGUGUACGCACGGGUGGCCGCGAAGUAGUGUGCACGAAGUGAGACGAGUCGCGCGACACACACCACCAGGCGAGUCGCCGCUACAUGUGAAGUGCCGCGAGGAUAAUUAUUCGCCGUCGCGCCCGCUGGUUUAUCCGGCCCAGCAAACAUGAGCUGGGGCACGGAGCUCUGGGACCAGUUCGAGAAUCUGUCCCUGCACACACAGAAAGGGAUAGAAUUUCUCGAGAGGUAUGGCCACUUCAUACGUGAUCGUUGUGCGAUCGAAUUCGAAUACGCAGCAAAACUCAGGCGUCUCGUGAAAAGUUAUCAACCGAAGAAGAAGGAGGAGGAGGAUUAUCAAUAUAGUCCCUGUCGGGCGUUCAAAAUGGAGUUGAACGAAGUGAACGACCAGGCCGGUCAGCGAGAAGUGAUCGCGGAGAACCUCCAGGCCAACGUCCUGCGGGAACUCAACAUCCUGGUUAAGGACUUCAAGGAGGAUCGCAAGAAGCAUCUGCAAGAGGGAGCGCGAUUGAUGGCCACUCUGGCUGGUCAAAUCGGCAACCUGGAGCGUGCCAGGAAGGCCUACGAGAAGGCCUUUCGCGAAGCGGAGCGCGCCGUGGAGAACUAUCAGCGAGCAGACGCGGAUCUCAAUCUCUCGAGAGCAGAGGUCGAGAAGCAGAGGAUGAAUAUGACCAUGAAGACCCAGCAGAGCGAGGAAGCCAAAACGGAGUACGCGAAUCAGCUGCAAAAAACGAAUGACAUGCAGACGUUACACUACCACACAGCGAUGCCGGAAGUGUUUCAACAUCUCCAGGAAUUGGAUGAGAAAAGGAUAAAGAACAUGCGGAAUUACAUGAUGAAAUCGGUAGAGAUCGAACGAGCGGUGGCGCCGAUAAUUGCCCAGUGCCUAGAUGGCAUUGAGAAGGCGGCUAACGAGAUCAACGAGAAAGAGGACACAAUGUUGGUAAUUGAACGUUACAAGAGCGGUUUCCAGCCACCCGGAGACUUUCCCUUUGAAGACCUAUCGGUCGCCAAGAGCUACGACAGCAAUAGUCAAUUAGCACAGCCGGUUAUGCAGCCCAUCCAUAAUCACCUCACGGUCAAGGGCACUGUCUCUGGUGGCAAGAUCAAGAAGAGGGUCGGCCUCUUCGGAAUCUUCGGCAGUAAUAAGAAGUUGAUCGAGGUGUGCAUAGCUUUAAAGAAUAAUGUGCCUGGCUACGGUGACGGUGCCAAGGAGGACUGCAGCGAUCUGCCACCGAAUCAGCGGAAGAAGCGAUUACAGCAACGACUGGACGAGAUCCAGGCGAAAAUCCAACAGGAGACAGCGGCAAGAGACGGUCUGAUGAAGAUGAAAGGCGUGUACGAGCAGAAUCCCGCCCUCGGAGAUCCAAUGAGUAUAGAGGGACAAUUGAACCAGUCCAGUAACAAACUGGACAAGCUUGGAGUUGAAUUGGCAAAGUUUCAAGGCUACCUCGAAGAAGCAACGCGUGCUGGUGCCAAUUUAUCUAGCCCAAGUCAAGCACAACGAAAACCUACUACUAACGGGUCGGCAACUAGGCCAUUGAGUUCACGAAGAGGUAGUCAUUCGGGAGGCGAGGAGAGCCUUUCGAGAUCCGCUUCGGAUUCUAGCGUCUGUAACGCGAAUGCGAAUCAACCAGCUCACAAGAAGAGCGCGCCGAGCACACCGCAGCCGACUCAUGGUUCCACGAACAGCCCGGAAUCUGGCCUCGGCGAAUCGAGAACGUCGCUACCUGGCAGCGGCUGCGAGGAGUAUUAUCAUGACGAGGUGGACGCUCAACCACCACUGGGAACAUGUCGGGCGCUUUAUCCUUUUGAUGCGACUAGCGAGGGUUCCAUACCGAUGUACGAUGGCGAAGAGCUGUACAUGAUCGAGCUGGAUCAGGGAGACGGUUGGACUAGAGUACGACGUAUCUCACAACCAAUCGAAGGCUUUGUGCCGACUUCGUACAUAGAGUGUCAUCUAUACAACACUUAGCCGCUUCUUCUAGGUUGUUAAAGGGAAUUGUGCGACACGGAACCGCUCAAAGGAGAUUAUGAAUGAGGAUGCGUAAUGCAUUUGGCGCUGUCAAUGACUCGAGGGUUGUGUGUUGGACAGAAAUUAGUAUAGGAUACCGGGACGACAACAACGGAUCACAGGCCUAAUCAAUACUUGCGCAAUUUGGACGAUGAACAGUUGGAAGAUUUCUAAAUUUGAAGAUGCAAUCAAGAACUUAUGGACAGGAUCGUGAAUCUUCACAAACGAAAUAGAUUAUGAUAUUUAUUUUAAUGAUGAAAACAGAAUUUCUUAUUCGCGAUUUGAAACAAUUUAAGAAAUUGUUCAUCAAUCUAAAGAUUACGAUCUAUAAAAGAAAUAUUUGCAGAACCGAAUUAUCGCGUACUGAUAUUUUCACGCUCGACAAAAUUGCGAUUACUGUCGAUUGUGACACAUAUCUCCAACACAUCUCCUUGACAAGAAUUUCUGUUCGAUUGGCCGAUCGAUCAGGAAGAAAUAGAGUAACGAUAGGAUACGAACAAAUGUCCCGGCUUUGUGAUCAAUCAAUAUAAGCGUAAUAGGGGUAGAUUCGAACUCAUUUUUGGGCUUAUUAUAGAUUCCUAAGAGACAUUUCACCCUUAUCCGGAUUUAUUUAAUGUAAUACUUUGUUAUAUAAUAAUUAGCAAUUAUCUGUUAGAUAGGUAUUUAACAGAUUUUAAUGGCGUAUUAUUAAUAGCGAUUGUAUUAUUUAAAUUUACAUUUAAACCGCUAUUUUUGUGUCCUAAUAAUACGCGAUUUUUUUUUUUUUUUAUAAAAGUUCGCGGCAGCCUUACAGCCUUAUCUACGUUAUUUUAAAAUUUAAAAGUUGAUAUUAAUGGCUGUUAAUUAUUAAUUAUAAAAUUUUUAAUUGCGGAAAAAUGGCUGUAUUAUUAUUUCUCGCGAGAGGAAAUUUUGUUAUGCAUGGAGAACCAUGUCGGGAUUUGCAUCUUUGCGUUUGGUUCUCGUUGAAAUUAUUACUGAUGAUAAUAACAGUUGCUAUUUUAAUAAUCUUAAAAGUUUUUAUUUAGAAAACUACUGUAUUAUUUUGCAGACUGUACUAUGUUUUAUUAUGUAAAUAAAUUUUUUUUAUUACUAUUUUAAAUAGUCUUAUACGAAGGGCCACGGUGGUCUCAAAGUCUAUCUACGGCAGGAAGCUCGUGAAUCCAGAGGUAAGGGUUGAAUUUAGGAAACUGUAUAAUAGCGUUAUGUCCAUAUCAUAUACAUACUCAGUUGUAUACAUUUCUCACUUUUAAUCCUUAAGCUGGAGCAAAAGUUGAAACAAGAAUUGCGUUAUUAAAUAAUUUUUUUUUAAAAUAAUUACUUAAGAUCGCAAUUAUAGAAAAUGUCAGAUUUUAUCAAAAUGAUGGCUGACGAAAAUAGUGCAAUAUUCUGAUUAAGGAUCUUGACACAAGUUAUUUUCUGUGUAAAAGCUUGUGAGUUUUCGAGAUUGCUUCAGAAUUACGCGGCUGCUUAAGGAUUAAAGCGCGAUGUCUUUUCAUGAAAAGUCAAUGGUGAAAUGGGUUCUUAAUGCAUUCAUGCGAUUUCUCGAGACGUAUCCUUUUUCCGUGUAGCUGUACGAGAGACGAACGAGAGACAUUUAACGACCCCAUUAAGCAAAAAAAGUAACUGUCUUAAUAGUAAUAAUCGCGCCCCGCCUACUCAUUAUUCAUAAAUUAAUCACGACUGUUGUAAUCGUUGCCGCACCGAAGUUUUAUCGUUCUUUUGUAUACUCGACUCGAGGCGUCGUAAAAGGCGGCCGACUGUUUCACGGACACGGCUCACUACCACGUUAAGAAAACAUGAAACUGAUUGCCACUAGAUUUGUACGAGUCGAAUAGAAUCUUAAAGUUAACUCGUAAUUAAGUAUUCGAAUAUUCGAUUUUAUGAAAUCGAGGCUUUCUAAAGUUAUGGCUCUUUUUGUUUCAAGAAGUCGUAAAUUUAUAGCACGUGGUUUUCAUGUCGAGCCUAACUUCUAGAACAAAGAUUUUAUAAAAUUAGACACAUAUAAUGAGAUGUGCCAAAAUUGACAAAUUUGAAAAUUUUUGAAAUAGAAUUUUUGAAUCUUAAUAAAACUCUUGAUUAUAAAACUACUUCAACAAUUUAUAGAUUUAAGAUUGACUUAUUUAAAAGCGCGUGUUACAUCGAUGAUUGGCGAAAAAAAAAUAUCUGUAGAAACAGGGUCUUAAAAUGCAGGACUCUAUUACACGCAACUUUGUGACGAAAAAUGGGUCGUUCCGAUGGACCGGUCGGCGUACCGCGUUUAAGGAGUUGCCUGAAUGUGACUAGUUAGUGAUAGAUUUAUGUAAAUAUUGCCAGGAUGUGGAAGCGAGAGCGAGGCUACCCAGCUUGCGAGUGCCAGAAUCGAUAUACAAGCCGGGUAGGAAUCGUUUCUGUAUCGCGGACAAGAGUUUAGUCCUCGAGUAGGCCUGGUGUCCUACGGCAAUACUCUGUGCUGCGUUGGUGCUACACAUUGGUGUAUUAUAUGUAAUGGUUAAAAAAUAGCGUUCGCGAUAAUCGUAGCGGCAAGCUGUAAUUGUAGAAGAUAUAGCUUCGUCGGCUCGUAUCACUAUUGUUAUUUCGAGCGAUAUUACGCAGCGAGAACCAUAACGAGUAUCUCUAAAGCAGUACAGAGAGAAGCCGUGCAUUUGAAAAAACCGAUGCUCGAUCCCCAUCUGUCCCGGAAGGAAGUUCGCGCGAGUCGCGAAGAGCCUAGUGCGUUCAUCGUAAUUGUUCGCAGAAUCCGGGGAAUCUUGUAACUUUCUCGCGCAUUGAAUGUAUAUGUAUAUAUUAUACAUAGAGAUAUAUAUAUAUAUAUAUAUAUAUAUAUAUAGAUAUGAUUAUUCGAUCGUCGGGAAGAAAAGGCGUAGCUUCACUAUAGUCGUACGCAAGUACACGAAUAAGUAUGGUCAAUAGUCAGACACUCGAACAUAAUAUACACAUAUACACACAACAUACACACGCACACACGCAUCCUGCGCUCUUGAUCGCUUCCGGUUCGUUAACAGCGAAAACAAGGGAACUGUUCGGUAAUUAUGUCAAAAUGGGGCUGUCUUUGCAUCCCAAUGUUUUAUUGUGUCUGUUCUAUGUAUAUUUUGUGAUUCUUUGUACGCGCGAACAAGUAUUGUAGAUAAUUAAUUGUGCGUUUUAUUAUACUUUAUUAUUAUUAUUAUUAUUUUUAUUAUUAUUAAUAUUGAAAAAAUACAGGUACUAAACCAAUAUAACUGUUUCGGAUACGUUAACGUGGCUGAUAUAUUUGCGCCUUUAUAUCCAGAGUUCUUCCUUAUGCGUUUCACACGUUUAAUAUUUAAUUUUUAUCGUUUAUAGAAAAUGUAUAUUUGUAAAGUUUACGUUUAACUAGUUUUCGAUUCAAAAGGUUGCACUUUAUAUUUCUUUCUUUUAUAACGAUUUUUUUAAUGUCACGCAAUUAUGUCAUUUUUUACAAUUUUAUUAAUAUAUAAAAAUCAAAUGUAUGUAUAAAUGUGAUAAUAAUAGUUAUUAAAUCGUGAACAUGAUAUUCCUGUUUAUGCGCGUUGAGAAGUAUUUUUCAUAACAAUCGUAAUAUUAUUAAAGCACGAUGUAAUAUAUUUUUGUUCGGCGAGGAUAAUUUAUUUUAUACAUUUAACGUUUUAGUAACUAUUAUUGUACGAGAUAAAUGUAUUUUGACACUGAUUAUACAGACUUAUAUUUUGUUUCAAAAAAUUUUAUUUAAAGAAACUGCAGAAGUAUAAAAAGUGCAAUUAAAACUAGCGGACUCAUGCGUGCGCCGUUAAUAUUUUCGUUUUGCGCUAUGUCCGUUUUUCUGAACGAAGUUAUGCUGUUUUGUUUCUUAAUGAUUGAAGCAAAUUGCAAAUACGAAUAAACGUCGCUAGUAUUGACCAAAGUGUUAAAUGAUCAUUGUACCAUCAUAAUCAGCUGUGUUUUAUCACGCGAGUGAAUAUUUGCGACGAAGUCGAGAUCGCGUGUAGUUUCAACCGAAAUCAAAGAAAGGCACCAGCAGUUUGGUGAGUAAACUAAUUUCUACCUGUAUGCAUUAUGAAAAAUGAAUUUCUAUAAAAUUACAAAAGAGAAAUCAUUUGAGAAUGUUAGAUACAUUAAUAUUAAUUAGAUUAAUGCUGCAAAGAUAAAGCGUUUUGUUCAGAUUAUAAAAUCGGAGAUAGCUAAAAACACAACAUUCUGAAAUUUCUUUUAUUUUAUUUUUUAAUUGGCGAAAGUUUUCUCUUUAAAUUGUAGACAUGUUUUUCGACACAUCUUGUACAUAUGUUCGUACAUGAUUUGUUUUAAUUGAAUCAAGGUAGAGCGUUGAUCUUUCAUCCAUCGUCGUAACUAAUACAUACGUUCUAUUAGUGCGCUAUUUACGUUCUCUCUAUUAAUAAACAACCGUGAUGCAUUAUAUCAAAAAUUGGCUCGACAACUCUUGGACAACUUAGGUUUAUUUUACGUAAUAUAUAAUAUAGAUUUAUAAAAGCGAGAGUAAAAUUGUCUGUUUUGAAAGUAUUGCGCAGUUUUUGUUUUUCUGUUGAGAUAUAUUAAUAUGUACAAUUGCGACAAAUAUCUUACAAAAUUUUGACAACCAACACGUCGAGCAACCGGCGAAUAAAUAUAAAACACAGACAAA